AUGUCAGAGGUAUCAAAUAAUGAUGAUAAUAGUGAUGAUGUUGUAAUGUCAACUACAACAUCAACUACAGACAAUAUAGAUAAUAGUACACAACAACAUGAACAAGAGGAAGAAGAACAUAAACCAUCAUCGGAUGAUAUGAUGGAUACAUCAACUACAACUACAACUACAACGGCUACAACAAACAACGACAGCAAUGACAUCAAUAAUAACAAUGAUAUGACUACAUCAAUGAAUGAUGAUGUCAUUAUGAAUACAACUUCAACUUCGACUACGACUACGACGACCACUUCAUCAUCGACAGAUAUCAACAACGACUCCGCUACAACCAAUACCAAUAAUCUUGGUACAAGCACUGCUGGUACUACUACAAAGUUUGCAUCAAAGACAUUGUCACAUCUCACACAACAACCUCAACAACAACAACAGAAUGAUGAUGGCAAUCAACAACCAACCAACUUGGUGUCCAACAAGGAUGACAUUGAUAUCACACAGACCAACCUGGAUGAACCACGCGACUCACGUGUCAUCAAGAACAUCCUCAAGACCAUGGGUGUCCAAUCCCAUGAUCCUCGAGUAGUCAAUCAACUUCUCGAGUUUAUGUUUAAAUAUGUAUACGAAGUACUUCAAGACUCUAUAGCAUAUAGUGAACACUCUGGUCGAUCAGAGAUUGAUAUAUCAGAUAUUAGAUUGUCGAUUCAAUCACGUGUCAACUUCUCAUUCACUCAACCACCGCCACGAGAGCUACUACUAUCAAUCAGUGAAGAGAAGAAUCGUAUCCCACUGCCACCCAUCCCACAGAAGUUUGGUGUCCUACUGCCACCCGAUGAAUACUGUCUCAACUAUCCCAACUACCAAGUCGAUCCAGCCAAACCUAAACCCGCACAACAUCAAGCUCCACUUAGCCAUCCUUCACAACGUGGACAAUAUAACAAGACAGUGGCAGAGAAGCAGAUACCCAUUAGAUUACAACAACCACUACAGCCACAGCCACAGCCAUCUGUUGUGGCCCCACCUCCAAUGACAAUAGCGCCACCAUCAGCCAAUGGCAAGCAUGAUUGA